CAAGGCGGUUCACCACUGUGUCCUGUGUUUGGAGGUUUUAUAUUGGAGUUUUCCUUCUCCUAGACGGGUUGCAGCACAAUGCUAACGAGGCCCAUCUCCCCGGCCAUAUAAUUGAAAUAUUUUAUUAUAUUCUAAUAUAUUUAUUAUUCAUUAGCAUUUCAAUUAUGUAUAUGUUUAACGAAGAUAUUGAAGCUUCAAUUAAUAGCUAUUUCGUUCCGCUGUGUAGCGUUUAUCGAUAUAUAACAUGAUUAAAAUCGACUUUUCACAUCCCUAAAAGAGCACACAUACACGUUUUUACGCACACAUACGUAGGCUUAGCAAGGUUUUAUCAUAUCGCGCGUGGAAUCGACUGUCGUCUUCUAACGAUAGUCGUAAUUAUAUCGUUUUGCUGAACAUGGCAACGGGCUACGAUAAGAAAAUCACGUCGAUAUCGUAUAAAGUUAUCGACAAUCAUUCAUUAGUGACCACGAUUCUCUAUGCCUAGAGUUUUUGAAAAAUCCAUUUAAUAGCCGGCCUUAUUGAAUUGUCGGACAUGUGUCGGAUGAAGUUUGAACGUGAAUAGCUAGUUUUAUUAUUAUACUACCAAUUUGAAAGGUGGUUAAAUGAGUGACAUCCGUAUAUAUAUUAGCUUACAUUAUAAUUUGCUCGGAUUAUAAUGACUUUUUGUAUCUGUGCAAGCAAACCUUUUCCGUUUAAAAAGUUUUUAUUCUGUUUGACAACAAAGAGUUGAAAACUAUUUGGCUUUCAUACACAAACAAACAACACUCAAUUUAAUUUUCAUUGCUGUGUUUUUGAAGAAGAAGAAAUGCCCCCGAAAACAACAAAAAUGUAAGUUGCACAAAACAACAGUAAUUUAUACAAUAUAGUUUCGUGCAGUUGGUUUAUUCGUUAACUUAAUAUUUGACUGUUUUUUUCGGCCGAUCAAAUGCCGUGCAAAUACGGAUGCUGGUGGAUUACAUGGCGAGUAACACGAGAUUUGCAAACCGCGAAUACGAUGGGCCUCUCGGAGCGCAAAGAUAUGAAGCGCAAUGGGAGGCCCUCGCACAGGCGCUCAGGGAGCACGGGCCGGAUAAGUCUGUCCAGGCUUGGAAAGUGACAUGGCGUGACUUGAGCCGAAAGGCUCGGUCAAAUAAUGCUGCAGCCAACCGGGCUCGGGCCCAGACUGGCAAUGCUGUGGAAAUACCAAUGGUCAGUCAGGAGGAACAGCUAAUCCUGACUGCAAUCGGAAAAGAUACAUCCGAGGGAGUGGGUCCAGAGGAGUCAAGGAUUGAAGAUGACAUCCUCAAUCAACUAAAAAUCCUCAACGAGACGCAACAAAAAAAAUUAGAACUUUUAAAGGAGAGCAACGUCAUGUUGGCGAAUAGUAAUCUUUUGGAGGAGACGGAGAACAUAGAAAACUUGGAGGAUACUGAAAUAAUGGAAGAGGGAGACGAUUAAUAGUAGUUAAUUAAUGUGACUUCAUUCUUUCACACUUCUUCAUGUAAGGCGUUAUGUUUGUCUACACUCAAGUAUACAAUUGUGUUUUUAGCUACUAAUACGAAAAAAUUAC